AUGACGGAGAACAAUAAAACUAAUCCUCUUUUUGCUAUUCAAAAUGAAAACGAACCAGAUAUUGACUGGUCUUACUACAUGCGACGAGAGAUGCAGGAGAUUGUGCCAGGAUUGUACCUUGGUCCUUAUGCAGCUGCUAUGAAAAACAAAUAUGAAACCCUCAAAGAACAAGGAAUCACACACAUUGUCUGUAUAAGACAAGAUGUGGAAGCCCGUUUCAUCCGUCCAAACUUUCCUGAACAUUUUGAAUACCUACUGCUCAACAUUGCUGAUAAAGCCACUGAAAACAUCAUCCAACAUUUUAUAAAGGUAAAAGAAUUUCUUGACAACUGUUUUUUUUUUUUGGAGGCCGAGCCUUGGUACAUGGAAUUUGAACCUAUUUACAGGGCUCGAAUGUCUCAGAUGAAUGGUCAGAGGUCAACAUGUACAGGUCCACUGAAAAGAAAGUUUGAAGACUAA